GGCUGGCCUACGCGAUAGACGUGCAUCCGUGCAUUGUGCAGCCCUAGUCUUACAGCGACAGGGGACGUGGAACUCAGUCUCGCCGAGACACCCAAGGAAGACGGUCUAGCUUCACAGUAGUAGAAAUCUAGGGAACCGUUAUAUAAUACGACAGCAGUCUCUCUACUCACAUCAGCUGAUCGUACGGCAACCUGUGGAUUUCUCCGUCUGACCACGGAUUUCUCGGCUCGUGAACUUGUUCCGUGUAGGAGCUGAUCUGUUCUCCUGACAAAAAGACUUAUCUUCUAUUUUUUCAAGAUUCGGUCUAUAAAUGCUACUCCCAGAAGAAAACCCGUUGCAAACUUUGCCUCUGUCUAACCAGUACGAUUUCCUUGCGGAACUGUAUGACAGUUAUUAUGCCUACUCCGCGUGCCUGAUGCCCCCCAAUAUGUGCGUUGAGGCCUACACCACCACAAUGUCUGAGGGUAAGCACAAUAUGAUGCCUUAUGACGACUCCCUGCCGUAUGGAUCUUCAUUUCACAGGCAACUCGUCAUGUCGUCGCCUUUACCCAGAGAACACCCUUCCAGAAGCCCAAGCGUGUCUUCAGAUGGAGGAAAGGUGAAGCCUCAGUACACAGCUGAGCUGGAUGUCCUCUGUCGGAUUUGUGGAGACCGAGCCUCAGGCUUUCAUUACGGCGUCCAUUCAUGUGAAGGAUGCAAGGGAUUCUUCCGGCGAACCUUAAAAAAGCAACUGACAUAUCGACCUUGCCAGAUGGGAUCGCAAUGCAAAAUAGAUCAAAACUCACGAAACAAGUGCCAGUAUUGCCGCUACCAACGAUGUCUCAACGCAGGCAUGUCACAAGAUGCUGUUCGGUUUGGUCGCAUGCCGAAGGCAGAGCGAGAGAAGCUAGUUGCUGACAAGGAGGUUCUAUGUAAUACCGACGGCAAAAGAAUAGUGGAGCUGCGAUCUCUGUCUGACCUCAUCACAGCUGCUUUCAGAGAGAUUUUUAGUGACACUAUAUUUUUCCAAAGGGAACACGGCCAACCAUCUACCUCCUUACAUCUGGAUGCUCAUAUGAUGGACACAGAAGAUCAGCAAACUAUAAUGGACGGCAUGAGUUCCGAGGAGUUCCACGACAGACAGAUUUUCGGCUUGUACCAGGAACUAAUCCUACCCGUGAUGGAGGCCAGUGUCAAGUUCGCCAAGAAGCUGCCUGGGUUCACCAACAUCCCCAUGCAUGAUCAGAUCAACCUCAUGAAGCGGAAUGGAUUCAUGGUUGUCCAAGUCGCGUUGCAUUCAAUUAUAGACAGAGAAUUCAUCAAUUUUUUCACCCAGCGAGGGUCGUUGCGGUUGAGUCGGAUGUCCCCUAUGUUAUGUGAGGAGAUUAAGUCACUUUUAGAGAGGACGAUUCAAUGUGCAGACAGAAUCAACUCCAUGCAGCUUCAAACGGCGGAGCUUGCCCUUUUCUGUGCCAUACUUUUAACUCAAGAAUCUCCGAAUCUGUUGAACCCUUCCUUGGUUGAGGACUUGCAAGCUGAUCUUAUAGAAGCCCUACGGAUAGCGCUGAAACACAACCACCCCAAACAGACCGUUCUACUGCCCAAACUGUUGGUUCUAAUCUCAGAUCUAAUUCAAAUUGUGGAAGAGUUUCGAGACCAUCUCAAGAAAGGACUAUACGACAAAUCUGGUGAUUAUUCAAAUGUUAAACCUUUACUUCGGGAAAUAUUCGAUUUAAGCUGAGCUGGAACAAUUAACAAUUCUGAACAAUAAAUUGUCCAAGAUCCCCGUAACAGACCUUUCUUUGUAUCUGUAUGCUCAGAUAUUAUUAGUAUUGGUGGUAUUUAAUUAUGUGGCAUUUUGUCAAAGUAGAAAUAUGACUUUGUACUCAGCACCUUACCAGACUUCCAUAGAAUGUUGAUGUCAUUGAAAUGAUUAAUAAAGGGUAUAAAUCUUAAGUCACGCAUGUGUGCGGCCAGCUAUGCGGCAUACUUUGGCUCCGGAUUUAUGAUGCGAGGUAUAUUUCCAUUUUAUGACUUCAAUCUCCUAUUUGUUAACUGAAAAUCGUAUUCACCCUAAGCCUGCUGUUACACAGUGGGUUGCUGGAUAUAUGGUGGAACUCGUUUGUCAUCAUACUUUGUACGUAACCUAUCAUUAACUUCGGUCUAACGGUCUUAUGGGGGAAAGGUCUUUAUUAUCUUAUUGGCAUAAUUGGCUGUACGCACAUUCUUAUGGAAACGAAUGUCAUAUUUUCAGACGCCUAUAUUAGAACCACAUACAAAAUAAGUUUGAUUAAUUCAGCAGAAAUGAGAUAAGGUAUAACGAGAUGUGUGUAGCAGAUGGUCAAAAACUGCUUUAGGUGUGUUAGAGGUAGAAACUGCAAGUAAGUUUGUAAAUGCAGCAACGUUGACUGAUCUGUUUAAAUGGGCAGUCGCUACAUAUUUGUUCUUAUUAUCAAGCUGUGAACGUCAGUUUGAAACGUCACCAGAUUAAGAUAUCAUAUUUUAUCAUUGUACAAGUUCAAAGCAUAAUAUUGUCUCAUUUCACAGAAGUCAUCAUAGCCCAAAUUGUUAUGAAAUACAAUAUUUAUUUUUUCACAAUAUAUUUAUGUAUUUUAAAUGUAAUCAGAAGUAUGUCCAAUGUCAAAGAAUUUUGACAGUGGAUUGGAAAACGCGGUCAAGAUCAACUAUUGGUUCAUACGUUCGAUAGUGCCUCCACGAAAGAGGUAAUACAGGAUUUUACAAGAUGGGACAAUUCAUUUCUUGUGUUUGAAAAAACGGGAAAUGGCAGCUACGGAGGAAGAAAUAUAACCAUUCAGAAUCACAAAUGAAAAUAGAUAUAUUUAUUCUCUAUUCACGAUAUAUGUUCAUGUUGGAUGCUCAAUUUGUAUAAAAGCAAUGUCACAGUCCUCGAAAUCCGUGUAGCUGUAUCGUGUAGUGUUCAGUCAGCACAUAUCACAUAUGUCAUGUGUCCCAGAGUCUAACAGAGAGCAAUAUGGUAAAACGUCCUGUUGUUUCUACAUGAUGUUCGUCUAUAUACGAAAUGUAGAAUAUUCUACUGAGCUGCAUUACACAUAAGAUCGUUAUUAUGUUGUUGGACAGUGCAAUUUGAAGCAUAAUUAUAUGUUGUUUGUGCCAUAUAAGCCUAUGAAAUUUGUAUUAGUACAGCAAUGCCCUGUUAGUCAGGAAUCUUCCUUUUCCGGACAAUUCUCUUAGUGGCAUCUAUGUGAAUACAAAGUACAUUUAUCAGAAAGAAUGAGUCGUUAAUCCGGACAUUUGUCAAUCUGGACGAUUUAAUACAGAACGAAACCAUCUGGAUUAACGGGGAUUCGCUAUAUGUUGAAACGAUUCUGGAAUUACAUGUAUGUACUGUUCAAUACACUGAGAACAAUGUACUUUGUGUGGGCUUCUAACGCAUAUCCAUAGACUACUUCCCAUGGUUAUGAAUCUAUUUUCGUGUAUAAGUUAAUGUGAUCGGAGUUCAUGCGUAUAUCAUCAUAUAAUCCUAUAUACUUGGGUUAUAAAUACUCAUUCAGACACAGCAUUUACGGCCGUUCAAACAUGACUGUGCAGUAAUUGGAUAAUUGGUAUUCAAAGCCCAUGACGUUUAUUUUGACAAUUGCGAUUUUUGUUAUCAGUCAAACACCAAUCUUGGGAUAUAAAUUGGUUUAAAGUAAAUGAAUUAUCAUAUGUCUGCAGAUGUACAAAAUAUAUUUUAGAUGCCAGAUACAUUCUUUUCAUUCUUGGUUAUAAUUAAGGAGAAGACAAAACGUGAAGAAGGAGACCUGUUACGAAAAUACAAAAAAAUGGUUGAGAUUAAUUACUUGGGUAAAAAUUAACUUGUUCUCCAUUUUAUGCUGGUAUUGUCUUUAAGUAUAGACAUGUAUAGGACGUGCUCAUUACCACUAAGACCAAUGCAUAUGUGUCAGUUGAGAACCAUGUAUUGAAUCAACGACCUGUCUCAACAUACCUGCUGAUGUUUGACGCCAGUGACACUUUUACUGCCAUGUUGUUGUCAUCCACCAAGAAAUGACCCCCACCCUCCCCCCGGGUUGGUUUCCCGCGUGGGGAGGGGGACGGUUAAACACUACACUAAUGUCGUUAUAUUAGUAACCAUGGCAUCCAUUGCAUCCAUUUAGUCUUCGAGAGAUUACCAAAGAACGCAUACUUGAUUGACGUUAUGUGUUUUUAUCAGUUUGGGGCAUAUCUUGAGGUUAGCAAAGGACAAUGGUUUGUCAAUUAUAAAAUACUCAAAUCUUUUCUGAGAUAUCUUCUUAUCGAAUGUGACAGUUUCCUGAAAACACAACCUAUCGUUCUGUGCUCCAUCCGCGGGAGGUUUCUAUGGCCACGAAUGUGUACCCGGUGUAAUGUAUGAUCUAUGUGACUGAGUGUUCAACAGUCGCUAUUUCAUGUGUAUUGUGAUAAUUAAUAACAUACCAAUUGUACAUAUUAUAUAUUUUCUCAUGUUUCCUAGCUUAGUGUCUCGUUGAGAUUCUGGUAGUAUCCGGAUCCAGGUUUCUACACCUGUGUCACCAUGGAAGUGCUAACUGAUUACCAUGUUCAUGACAAAGUGCUACAGUAUGAGAGCCAUCAUACACAUUGUGAUAUCCUGUAUAUUGAAUUAGGUCAGAUUAUUUUUGAAUUUUAAAAACCAAUGAUCCAAACUAAUUUGAAAGGAUAAUUCAAAUAGAAGAUUUUACCAUUUCUUCCUACCACCGCAACCGCUUGGCCUUAGUCUCUACUGGUGGCGUAGGCAAUGGUAUCGUCAGUUCUGGGCUUAGAAUUAAAGGUUGAAUAAGCAAAUCCUACGCUAUGUGGCGACUAAUAACAAGAAUAGACAUGGUGUUGUUGAAGGACGAUCAAACCAACUGGGCCAGUUCUUUCCAUCUGGAUUUCAUUUUGUCAAGGCAUAUUAGUGUCUUCACAAAACCCAAAUUAUUUAUAGCUUAACGCCAUUCAUCACAUAAGCAGUUUUAGUGCUAAAUCUGUUUUGUUUUGUUUUUUUAAACUUUUUUUUUCUUUUGCAAUACUUUUAUUAGCAACCAACGUUAGGAUUACAAACUGUAUACUGUUUUUUAUGUUUUAUAAGAAGAUCGUAUUUAAAGAACGUGGCCAUGGGAAGUUAUGGUCAGAGUCGUAUGUCCUCGUGAAUCUUCGUAAUGGACGAUCUGAUGUGUGGACGCUUGAGGUGUUCGUAACAUUAGUAGUUAACUGUAGCGUACUUCAAGUAUGCUUCUCAGGGCAAGAUGAUAUUCACUCUUGUUGUAACAGGUGGAUAGAAUUGAAGUACAUCUCAGAGUUUUGGCCAGAUUUGUUAUUGGCCAGAUUUUUACCAAAAUACCAGCCGACAGCUGUGUACAAAACAGCAUGUUAUUUCAAGAUUGACAAAAAAUGGUUUAGCUGAACUGUUUGUUUUUAUCAUUUGUAUAAUGUUGAAGUUCCGCCUAUUUUCACAACCGAUGUUUUCAAGAAUGUUCACUGUCGUUGCAUGACAACCAAUGCAUUUCUAUAUGUAUCGCCUAUUGGUCGUUCCUUGUUGUUAAUGUUACAUGUGCCCCUACGUCACAUCAGUGUACAGACCAUCGCUCAUAAUUAUUAAUAACACUGGUCCAUCGAAUGUAGAUAUCAGAAUAUAUUUAUAACUAUGUUGCUUCAUAAAUGUACGAUUUGGAAGAGUAUGUGUUACAAGAUAUGUUGAAUAAAUA